AUGUAUAAGUCGGAACAACAAAGGGGGUUACUAGUACCGGUAGCAGCUAAAAGAGUGACUUCCAUUAGCGUGCAAACUCAGAGAGCACUAAAGCGUUCUGCAAAUGAGAAACCGAACGGUCCACCACCCAAAGUUCAGAUUAGGGAAAUUGGAAGCAAGGAACAUGGAACGCCUUGCAACAAAUGGCAACUAGUGGAAAAUAAAAAGAGGAAAACUGUGACAAAACUGGACCUCGUUAAAGCGCAAAGAGUGAGACCCAAAGCUAUUCUUAUUAGCAAGACGGCAGACAAGUCUUACGCUGAAAUGUUAAAGCUCAUUAAAUCAAAACCAGAGCUUCAAGAAUUCGGAAAAAAUGUGAACAGAAUUCAAAAAACAACGAACGGGGAUAUAUUGAUUCAGCUUACCAAAGAAGCUGGAACUUUAGCUAAGGACUUAUGCACUGAAAUGAAGAACACACUUCAGGAUUAUACUAGUGUAAAAUCCUUAACACAACGCACCCUAAUAGAAUGCAGGGAUGCUGACCAAUUUCCAGCAAUAAACGUAAGCGACAUCAACGUCAAGUUUUGGUGUUACGCAAGGGACAAUACACGAACAGUGAUUAUCGAUCUCCCUUCUAAGGAUGCCAGUGUACUGAUCAUAGCUGCCUCAAUCAGAGUGGGCUGGGUACGCAGUAGAAUCAGAAAGCAUAUCACACCCACGAGGUGCUUUAAAUGUCUUCAAUUUAGACAUGCUGCUAGACAUUGCAAAAGCGAUAAUGAUAAAUCUAGCACAUGUAUGAGAUGCGGAGAAGAUGGUCAUAGAGCAAAAUCGUGCUCGGCUCAACCAAAAUGCACCCAAUGUCCGGAAAACUGUAAGGGUGGUAAUCUACACUACUCAAGAAGUUCUAAAUGCGAAUAUUACCAAAACGAAUUACCGUUUUAA